CGGGCGGGGCCUACUCUGCCCCAGCGCGCAACCGCGCCCAGCUCAGGUCUGGGAUUGUUAGCGCUGGCCUCUCUACCCUCUCUGCUUUCCUGCGGACGGCUGGAGGACAGAGUAACAAGACCCGGCUCUAGCGCCAUCCUCCGAGAAAGGACUGCGGGUGGGUGAAAAAUCCUUGCAAGGCGGUUGCGCUCAGGGUCUAGUACCCAGACUGGGGGAGGGACGAGUUCUCCCUGACCUGGAGGUUUAUGCAGCAAACUGCUCUCUCAUGCUUCCCUAUUAAGCAUCGCAGCUGCACGCUCUUUCCACUCAGCUGAGGCCACUGCAGCGUCUCCUCCCCUCCUGCCCCACCCGCUAGUUCAGACUCUAGAGCCCCACUGCAGCUUCGCAACCAUCCUUCCUUUUCUUCUCCACUUCCUGGUUGCCAUGGAGAUACACGUCAUUUACGUGCCGUGCGUCGCCUUGGAAACAGAGGAGCAUCCGCGGCGCCGCUGCGAGACCCGCCCCUGCCACUCCAACCACACUCGCGGGCGCUGCCCGUUAAUGGCCGGGGGUAGUCCCGAGCGGUACCCACUGCUGGCCUCCACCCGGACCCCUCCGCGAGAGCUUCUGUGACCCAGAAAACCAGCGGGCACUUGCAGCUCGUGGCGCCCGGAGGGAGGCGCUGACACGGGCUCAAUUCAGGAGGCGAGGCAGGUCUGGGCGCUUUCGCCCCGGGGCAAGCCGGAGAGUCGCCGACUUGGGACUCUUCGCCGGGUCCUCGUCCCGCCGGCUCUUCCCGGCCUCCCCCGAUCCUGCCCGCGCCCUCCGCCCGGGACUCAUCUUCUCACGUCGGCUCUCCGCCCCUCUCGGGAGCCUCCUUUUCCCUCGGCUCCUCCCCGCCCCUCCGGGGACCUCUCCCCCAUCCCUGUCCCUCCCCCCACCCCGGAGGCCGGGCUGGACCGGACCCAGAGCCGCCACCGCCCGCUUCUGCCAUUCAAUGGAGGACGGUCCGCUGGAGAUCAUGACCAAGGACGGCGGAGACAUGCCGGCACCUUUGGAGGUGUCCACCGUGCCGGCCGUGGGGGACGUGAUCUCCGGAGAGUACAACGGCGGCAUGAAGGAACUGAUGGAGCACCUGAAGGCCCAGCUGCAGGCCCUGUUUGAGGACGUGAGGGCCAUGCGGGGGGCCCUGGACGAGCAGGCCUCGCACAUCCAGGUGCUCUCGGACGACGUGUGCGCCAACCAGCGGGCCAUCGUCUCCAUGUGCCAGAUUAUGACCACGGCGCCCCGCCAGGGCGGUCUGGGCGUGGUCGGCGGCAAGGGGAGCUUCCGGGGUGCCCCCCAAGAGCCGGAGACCCCUUCGCUUGGGAUCGGGGACAGCGGUUUGCUGGGUCGCGAUCCUGAGGACGAGGACGACGAUGAAGAGAAGGAGAUGCCCAGCUCCGCCACACCCACUAGUCACUGUGAGCGCCCCGAGAGCCCCUGUGCUGGUCUCCUUGGGGGGGACGGGCCACUUGUGGAGCCCCUCGAUCUGCCCGACAUUACCCUGCUGCAGCUGGAGGGCGAGGCCUCUCUGUGAGGGGACUCCGAGGGGCACUACUUUCCUGGGCUGGCUUUGGGUUUCCGAGUGCAUGACGCGAGGGGACUGAACGGUGCGGUGCAGCAUGCUUCACUUCGACUGCUGCUCUUGUGGGUCAGGCAGAGUGACUCCCUCGAGGAAGGAUUUAUAGGGUGAAGGACUUUGGGAGCAUCAAGAAUUCUUUCUGCCUAACCAAGGGAGACAAUAGCAAACUGCGGAAAGGUGAGGUUCCGGGAGAGGAAGCGCCCAUCUCUGGACUCCCAUCCAUCCCCUACCCUGCCCAUUCCCCCUCCCCAGCCAACAGGAGAACCCCUGAAUUGUGUAAAUAAAAUUCUGCUUUUUCUAUUCUGAAAAAGGACUUAUCUAGGACCAUGGCAAAUAAUCUCUAACGAUUUACCUAGAAAUUAAGGAAUUGGGGGUAUUCUGUUCUGGCAACAGAAAAUUUACCCUUCUGCUGAAAUCCAAGAUAUUCAGCGCUCUGCAGAAGCCUCUCCCCCUCACAGAUCUCUGCGGCUGCUGAUUGGUAAAGGAAGCUUAAGGAGGGAACUGCAGCCCUAGGAAUCUGGGUGAAUGGGGUUCCAAGGGCCCCUGGGCUGGGAGGAGCUGGCUAUGAAUGUGCAUGAAGACAUAAUAGCUCAACCUCUAGGAUUCUUGCAUGCAGAGCGGAUCCUGCCUUGUCACUGACUUCAUCGGGGAUUGCUUUAUCCACCCACUGGGGCUUAGAGAACAAAGAGCCCAGUACACAGGCAGAGACUUGGGGGUGCUCAGCAGCAGCCCAGAUUUAGGGGACAUUUGAGGGACUCUUGGGGGCCGCAGCCAAAAACUGUCUCUCUCCUGGCUAUACCCGCUUAACUUCAGUUCCUUUUCCUGUCAAUUUGUCCCUGCCCGCUGCCUCUCGGUGUUGCCUCCAUAAUGUCCUGUGUGUGUUAUGUGUGUUGACUUGUGUAGUAGUGUGUGAGCCCUGAGGGGCAGGGCUUGUGGCUCUGGUGUUAGGUUCAGGGGGCUUCAAACCCUUCUGUGAGUCCCCGGCUAUCAUGGCGCUUUCCCCUCUCCUUUCCUCUUUUCCCCUACAACCAGGGCAUGGAGCAUGUGGCUGUCCUGAGGUUCUUAACUGAUGUGCCUCCCUCCCACCUCCUUAAGUAGUGACUUUGUGUGCCCUUUCUCCUCCGCUGUGUAUUCCUUCUCAAUGCUUUCCUUGGUGUUAACCUUAAUAAAGAGGUGUCAUCUCCCCUCCUUGCUGACUGGUACUAGGGGGAUGUCAGGGUGGGGCUUCUGGGCCCUCUAUAUGGACCACGGCUUAGGGGGGAACUGCAGGGACCAUGCCUUCCCUCCUCUCUCCUUGCCUUCUGUUCCAAGGAGUUACCAACCCUGCCCUGGUCCGGACGUGCAUUGCCAGCUCUAUCUACUUUCCCUUGCAUCCCAGACCUUGAACUCAAGCUGGAUGGGGGGGAAGGAGAGCGUCUGUGUUGAGUCUUCUGGUUUUUAGUAGCAGAACUCCAGAUGUGCAAGCGGCUUCAGUGAAGCUCCUGCUCCCUGAGAGAUGACUUCCAAAUCUGAACUGUGGAAGGGCAGGCAUGACACCUGUUCCAUGGGAGGGUUAGGGAUUGGGUAUUGUGGGUAUUGUUCUGGAGGGAUUGCCUGGGAUCUCUGGAAUAGAGUGACACAUCACAAAAGAAACCACAGUAACUGCCUUGGGCCUCUAGUGGAGAAUGCCGGUAAGGUAUUCCCUGUGGAGCUUAGACUGACAUCAGCUCUAGUCUGCUCCCUUGGGCUAUGGAAUUUCCCAGGACUGCCCUAGGGAAGACAAAUGAGCUGGAGGGCUGUGUGUGUGUGUGUGCGUGUGUGUGUCCACGUGUGUGUGUGUGUGUGUUUGUGUGGGCUGUGCACAUGAGUAUAUGUGUAUUUAUAUGUACCUGUGUUCUUGCUGCUGGUUGCUGUGGAGAGGUUGAAAGAGCUCUGGAACCACAGAUCUGAGUUUGAAUCUCAGUUCCAACACUGAAUGACUGUUUGAAACUUGGUUUGCUGCUUGAUACUUAAUUUCUGCCUGUGUAAAAUGGGGACAAGAAGUUGCUGGGGAUAAAAAUAUCUAAGACCUGUAGGAACUCUUGUGCAAAUGUUAGUUUUUUUUUUUUUUUAAUAGUUCUCUUGGGAUGGGGGUGGUGAUGGUAGUGACUGGGUCCUCUGGGGAAACAAAACAACCUAGAGAAGGUCCUAGAAGCUCUCUUUUUAUAUUAAUCCUUCCCCAUCUAAAGAACUCUUACUUUUAGGAUAGUCAAAUAAAGAGGGAUGAUGAAAUUCCCAAGGUGACAUGGGGCUUUUCAUCAUAAAUGCCAUGCAGUUAUGGGCCAAAAAGGUCUUGGGGGCCAGCCCUGUAUAGAAUGACCAAAGGAAGCUUUGGUUGCCGUUGUUGGGGAUGGGUGGUGGGGUCCUAGAGAGGGCAAUUAAAGUAUAUUUGUGUUGAAGUAUCCCCAAAGGCUGGGAGAUAGUUUCCUAUUAUUGUUCCAGCAUUCAGCACCAAUAACAAUGAUAGCUAUUAUUUACUGAGCACGUACCAUGUGCUGGACACUGCCCAAUUUCAUCUCCAGUGAGAUGUAAACACUAUUUCUAUUUUCACUGAACAGUUCCAGAAACAGACGCCAAGACUUUCUCAAGGUCACACAGCUAGUACUUGGCAGAACCAGGACUUAAACCCAGGUUUUCCGACUUAAAGAACCCUAAGUUGGAACUACUGUGCUAAUUGCUCUAUUAUUUAGAUAUUCAGGUCCCUUAUUUCCUCAGUCAAUCUAAGAGUCCUGAAAAGGAAAUAACAUUAGUUUUAGUCUUUUUUCAUCGUCUUGAUGAGAAUAAGAAAUUGCCGUUCAAAUUUUGGUUUGUGGCCCUCAUCAGAGUCUAGUGGAUGAUAAUAUAAUAAUGGCACUGAGAAGAUGGCCUUUUGGACCUGCUCCUUGAAAGGAAGAAGCCAGUGCUCCUGGAUAUUCUCUGACACUGCUCCAUUCUUGUGCCUCUUUCCUGUUCCCACAGCUCAGUUUCUGCAGAGUGUGACAGGAAUCCCAAGGCAGCUAAGCUCUUUAGCCUCUAUAGAAAGGUCUGGGUUGAGCUCUUUACCCUUUGGCUCCAUUUCAGUUCCCCUUCCUAUGCCCACUGUCCUAAAUGUGUCAUAAGUCCCUUAGCCCAAGACCUCCCAGAAGUUCUCUAGCUACUCCUCCAAAGCCCAGAUACAAAUCUCUGGAGAAAAAACAAUUCUUCAGCUCUUUAAAGUUACCUCCCCCAGGAUCUCCUUGGGGUCCAGCACAGGUUGGCCUCCCACCCCCUUAUGUCUCCCUCCUCCCUAUCCUUCCCUUGCAUUUCCCCUUUGGGAUGCUCCUGAUGAGUGAGUCUCAGAUGAGACACCUAACCUGGGACUUAUGGACAGGGGCAUUAUUGAACUUCCAGAGGCCAUAGCCUCUUGAAAUCGAAUGCAAAAGUGUGUAAGUAUGAACAUUCUCUAGAGACUUCUUUUGUUUCAACUUAAUUCUUAAAAGUGAGAAUUAAGAAAAAAGGAUCGCAGAGCUGAAGAGGAAUGAAACUUUUUAGCUUGAAGAAUACCAAGCCAGAGAUGACCCUGCUGAGCCAGUACUGUAGGGCACCCCUGCCUCCUGGGGCUUCCAGAGCAUUUGCCACAGUGAAUUGAAAUCUUCGUAUAAAUCUGACUAUUCACCACCUAUUCAACAAAUUCAAAUUAUAUCAACACCUGUGCUAAGGAUCCUGUCUCCCAUUAUUUCCAAGUCUUUUGUACUUGGGAAUUUGCCCGAGCACUGCUGAUGAAUAUGGGUGAAGAGGUGCACCUCAUCCCCCAAAAGUUCAGCACUGCACUUUAUCUCUGCACCUAACACCACGCUAUGUGUAACUCAUCAUAACUCUAUGUCUGGCACUUCUAUCUCUCACCAGUCUAAGGGAAAUCUCUCAGGGUUAGCUCUUAAUCUCAAAAUGAAAAGACAUACAGCUUCAUAGAGAUAAGCUACAACUAUCGCCUGGUACAAGUAAAAUCUGUUCUAGAGAAAUAAUUAUUUUUAGAAGAGAUGCAAAAUGGCCUCUAACGUAACUAUGCACUUUUAUGUGGCCUCAGAGUCAACUUAUGGUCUCUGCUUGAUUAUGUGUAAUGAAAUGGCUCCCGUAGAAGUUUUCCCAGAACUAAGGAACAGUACAAUACAUGUAAUUCUAUACUUCUGGCAAGAUGGACAACAGCUCGCGUCUUUGAAAAGGCAGGUUUUCUAGGGAUCUUUCCACAUGUACAUGACUAGGGAUAGAAAUUCAGCCAAGAUACUCUCGACAGUAAGAAAGGAAAUAGAAGUAUUAAAGGGGUAAUCACCAGUCUGUUAUCCCAACUACCAGUUCCCCUAACUUCCACAUUGUCCCCAGAAGGUGGAUUCCCUCACAAAAACACAGCCUUUCUACUUGGAAGCACCUUGCUUCUAAAAGGCAGUCGGCUCUGUAAAUGGUGCUGUCUUGGCGCCACCUAGUGAAAGAUAGGGACAUUACAAGGGGACCCUCAGUGAAUUCAUGGCUUUCAAUUCAGCAAGCGCUACCAACUGCUUACUAAAGGCCUGGCUCUUUGCCAAAUAGUGGGUGGCCAAGGAAACAGAAUAAAUAGAAUGUAUUUGAGCAAUAUAAAAACAAACUGCAAUAAACUCCUGACUGGUCUCCCCUGGCCUCUCACACACCUGUAAUCCUGAAGAUUAGUCUUCCUAAACCACAGCUUUGAGCACUCAUUCUCCUCAGAAAUCUGCAUCAUGUCCCCAUUACUUCCCGAAUUAAGCAUAAAAUCCAGUGGUUGUAGGAAGUCAAGGUUCCCUUGGAUAAGACCUUGACAUACUUUUUUAAAACCCAUACAUUUAUUUCCUAGGUACAUUUUCUAACCAACCUUUCCAUCUUUGGAAGCCUAUAUCAUCCAGUCAGCUAGAAAUGAUUCCCAAGGGUAUCCUAGUUCUUUUAAAUCUCUGGACCAGUAGACAGGAUGAGUGCCUCCUGGUCCUUGAUUCUCUUCCCACUCUAUUCUGUUUCUGCCUGUUGGAAUCCUACCAAUUCUUUGUGGCCCUUCUCAAAUGCUACUACUUUCAUGGAGCCUUUCCUAAUAUCUCUUCCUCCUUUAAAUACCCAAAUCUUGGGGCACCUGAGUGGUUAAGCCUCUGCCUUUGGCUCAGGUCAUCAUCUC